CUGAGGAUGAUUUGGGAGCCGGUGCCUCCAAAAGACCGCGCGUCGACGGUACUGCUUCCAAGGCUAUCAUAGUGGCCGAUGACUCCGAUGGGGAGCCCGGAAGUCCCCUUAAGCGGAAGCCCGCCUCUCGGAACAAGUCCCGUCCUUCUCCCCCACGAAAUUCUGACGUCCGUCGUCUCCGGGAUGGUGAUACCCAGACUGCCAAGGAUUCUGACGAUGCUCGUCCUCCUUCGCCCCCGGAGACCAAUGGGUCCUCCCUUGGUUUGAUCGAGUUUUCUGGGGUCGGCCCCCGCAAAGAGUCUAUGAUGCUCUUUGGCCAGACGGCGUCCUCCAUUUGGUGUGGGCUGAAUCUCAAGGUCCCGCAGGAUUUCGCUGCUCAGGAGGCCCCUGAGGAUCUUUUGGAAUGCGGCCAGAGCACCUUGGACAAGGCCGGACUUUACUUUCACAGGGCUCGGAUGGCCUUCGAACAUCAGGGUAGGGAGACGGCCAGAGUGCGGGCUGAAUGUGAUGCCCUUCUGAGGAAUGCGAAAGGCAGGGCCGGCACUCUUCAAGAGAAGGCCGAUGCCCAUGACAAGCUCAUUCAGGAGAAUGCCUCUCAGAAGGAGCUCCUCAAGAAGCAGGAGGCCGAGCUCGUGGAUCUCCGUAGCCGGAUGUGGGCCGUAGAGCAGGCCAAGGUGGAGCUUCGCCAGACGGGCGUGGACAAUCAUGUCCCCAUUUAUGAGGCCGAUGUUGCCAAGAUCAAGGAAUCUGGUUCCAUUGCCUUUCAGAAAUCCAAGGCCUAUACUGGCGCCAUUCACACCAUGGCCAUGAAGUUCCUCCCGCGGCUCGUCGGCGAGUUCCUGGCCACCUGCCCGGAUGCCUAUCAGGACGGGGUGAGAUUGCUCCAGGCCACACCCACCGGACGUCGUUUCCUUGACGAUCUCGCCGAUGACACCUACCGCAAAGGUAUGGUUGGGCUAGUAGCGGAGAAUCUCCCGACGUUUGAGCGUCACUUUGGGGCUCCCUUUGAUCCGGAGGCGGCUGGUUUCGACGUCUUGAUGGCAGACGCUCAUGCAGGGGCCCUUGAGCUGCUGAAGGAGCAGGAGGAAGCCGCAGCUAGUGAUAAAUCCAAGCAGGCCCCUUCCCAAGCUCCAGCUCCGGACGCCGAUCUGCCGUGAUUCUCUGCUCAUCAUCAUGUACUUGUACAAUUUUUCAUUAUUUGUAUUGUACUCUGAUACAUUGUAAUUUUCCGGCCAAUAGUGCCGAGGAAUAAAAAUCAUUCUUUGCUCCAUGCUCGUCUGGCAUUUUUUUUUUUUUUUUUUUUUUUUUUUUUUUUUUUUUUUUGGAGUCUUUUAGUCUUCGUUCGUCCUUGGUCCUUGGCCCUACCGAUGUUCCUACUUCGAGGAGACGUUCGGUAUCCGCAGACAUCGCAAGUACGAACAGGUUUAUCUACAUCGAGAUUCCCCCCUUCUUCGUUCGUCCGUGGCCCUUUUAGUCUUACCGGCGUCUCUUGCUUCGAAGAAGACGUUCGGUACCCAAGGGACUCGCAGGGACGAACAGGUUUACCCUCGCGGGUUCCCGUCUUCGUUAUCCCACGUCCAUCGAUCCAUGGUCGUUUGUGGGAUAAACAGGUUUAUCUUGGCAGGCUCCCUUGGUUCGUCUAGCCCCCUCCACGUCUCUACUAACCUCUACAUCGAGAGGCGUUCGCCUUCGGUGGUGGGGGAAGAUCUGGCACACCCGGGCAAGAUUCCCUUCCGUGUAGAAGCUUCUCUCCUCUUCUCCCCAUUUUUUUUUUUUUUUUUUUUUUUUUUUUUUUUUUUUUUUUUUUUUUUUUUUUUUUAGGGAGGUAAUCUUCGUUCGUCCUUGGUCCUUGGUCCUACCGGCGUUCCUACUUCGAGGAGACGUUCGGUAUCCGCAGACAUCACAAGGAGGAACAGGUGUAUCUGCAUCGAGAUUCCCUUCGUUAGCGGUCGUUGGCAAGAACAGAAGUGAUGUAAAAACAGGGGGCCUUUAUUAUUGACGACGUCCGGUCAUUUUACAUGGGAGUGGAAAUAUAACAAGGAUAUCAGCCUCUAAUUAUUGAUAAAACUUCUUCAGGUGCUCUACGUUCCACAUCCCGGCAUGGUUCCCAUCCAGGGUAUGGAGGAGGAACGUCCCCUGGUUGUAUCUCCUGAUGACCCGGUAGGGUCCUUCCCAGUUCUUUGCCAUUUUGCCGCCUUCGAGCGGCUUGCUCUUUUCUCUUUUCCUGAGUACGAGGUCCCCGGCCUCUAUUUCCCGGAAUUUCACGGCCUUGUUGAAGUAUCUCUGGGUGGCCCUGUGAUAUUCUUCCAUACGACGAGCCGCCAGGUCCCUCCGUUCCUCAAUGAAAUGGAGCUCCGCUCGCAGGUUGGUCUCGUUGUCCUCCGGCUGGAAGUGCUUGGUGCGGUGUGUAGGUACCAAUACUUCCGUCGGUACCUUAGCUUGGAAACCAUAAGCUAAGGCGAAAGGGGUUUCGCCAGUUGCCGUUCUGGGCGUUGUUCUAUACGUCCACAAGACAUAAUUCAGCUGUUCCGGCCAGGUGGAGGCGUAGUCCUCUAACUUCUUCUUGAUUCCAUCCAUGAUGGUCCGGUUCAUGUUCUCCACCUGGCCGUUGGCCUGCGGGUAGGCCACCGAGGCCUUAGAGUGCCUGAUGCCCCACUUUGCCAAGUAUGCCUCAAAGCCUCUGCCGAUGAACUGCCGGCCGUUGUCAGUGAUGAUCUGCUCUGGGAUUCCGAAGCGGCAGAUGAUGUUCUGCCAGACGAACUUCUGGCACUGGAAUUCAGUAAUGGAGGCCAACGGCUCGGCCUCGACCCACUUCGUG